AUGGACAAAAGAAUUGAGACUGUUCACUCAUUCAUUCACACAAAUAUUGACUUAGCGUCUACUGGAGCCAGACCUUGUGUGGGGCCAGCAGAAGACUAUCAAAAGCUUGGAAUUUACGGGGCCUGUGCCACUUUUGUUGAAAAUCAUGACCCCAUACAAGGCAAAUUCAAUAAAAUUUGGGGCAUCCCUGACACUACCAAGAGAACAAUUGAGAGACUGACCAGGAAGGCCAGAAACCUGGUUUGCUGUGUGGGCACCGUCCCUGCAAAGGUCUGGGAGGAAGCUCCUCACACCAGCAAGGAAACCUCAAUGCAGGAAGCGACAGACUUUGGUGGUAGGGUUGUUGUAGAAGGUGAUAGAAUACUAAAAAUUGAUCAACUUUUUGCUGUUGGAGGUCUCCGACACCUCAUGUUUUACUAUCAAGAUGUGGAGGAAACAGGACAACUUGGCUCUUUAGGAGGGGUAAAUCUUGUUUCUGGAAAGAUUAAAAAACCUAAGGUGUUCGUGACUGAGGGAAAAGAUGUGGCCCUUACUGGGGCAUGUGUGUUCUUCAUCAGGACUGACCCUUCUAAAGCCAUCACCCCUGACAACAUCCACCAGGAGGUGAGCUUUAACAUGUUAGAUGCUGCCGAUGGAGGCCUGCUCAACAGUGUGAGGCGUUUGCUGUUGGACAUCUUCAUUCCUGCUCUCAGAGCCAUGAGCCAUGGCUGGGGCGAGCUUGAGGGCCUUCAGGACACAGCUCAUGUCCGGCAGGAGUUCCUGAGCUCCCUGGAAGGCUUUGUGAAUGUCCUGUCGGGUGCCCAGGAGAGUUUGAAGGAGAAGGUGAACCUUCGAAAAUGUGACAUACUUGAACUGAAAACCCUAAAGGAACCUAUGGACUACUUGACUCUAGCAAAUAACCCUGAGACUUUGGAGAAAAUAGAGGAUUGUAUGAAAGUGUGGAUCAAACAGACAGAACAGGUUCUCGCUGAAAACAAUCAGUUGUGGAAGGAAGCGGAUGACGUUGGGCCACGAGCAGAGCUGAGGCACUGGUAUCCAAGUUUAACUACC